AUGGCCUGCAACUACCCAAAAUUGCUUGCUCUUAUUUUUCUGCCGCACAUCAGUUCACACAUUCCUGUGUUUUUGCUUUUAGGAAAAGGAGCAACGGUCACCCGUCUUUUAUCAGAAGAAAUGAGCAACACAACUUUUGACGCCUCAGGCUUGAAUAAGUCUGUGGAGUAUGAAUAUUACUACGAUUAUGAGGAUCCGACCUAUAAAUUGGAAAGAGCAAUGCACGUUAUCUCCAUGGUGAUCUACAGUCUGGCCUUUGUGCUGGGGGUCCUUGGCAACGGGCUGGUCAUCUUCAUCACUGGCUUCCGAAUGAAGAAGUCCGUCAACACGGUCUGGUUUCUCAACCUGGCCAUUGCUGACUUCGCCUUCACCUUCUUCCUUCCCCUGAGCAUUGCUUAUUUAGCCCUGAGAUUCCACUGGCCCUUUGGCUGGUUUUUGUGCAAGUUGAACAGCACCUUGGCCUUCGUCAACCUCUAUGCCAGUGUUUAUCUCCUCAUGAUCAUCAGCAUUGACCGUUACAUUUCUGUCUGGUUUCCGGUCUGGGCUCAGAAUCACCGAACACCUCGUCUGGCUUCUUUUGUGGCCUUCGGUGUGUGGAUCCUGGCCUUGGUUUUGAGUUUUCCAGUGAUGUAUUUCAGGCAAACAGCCCCAGUCGAAGAGAACCAUAUUAACUGCUAUACCAAUUAUGGUGACAACCCACAGCUUAAAAA